GUGGAACACACCUUGAGUAAUAAAAAGAGAUGUCAAUAUGUUUUUUCAUUAGAUAGAAAGAAUCAAAAUGAAAACAAACGAAAAAACGAAAUGGUGGUUAUAGGCUGUAAGAUGUUGUCAUUUACGUGUCGUAGGUGAAAUGUGUAUGAAUUGUUGAGCAUAAAAAUAAAUUGUUGUGUAACAAUUUAACAUCUGUUCAUCAUUAAAUAAAUGGCUUCCUGUCAACUAUGCCACCAGUCCCGCCCCAAAAAGAAUUGCCAAAUUAUGCGGAUUCAAUAUGGUGUACCUACUCAGUAUCGGUUCUAGCAGCAUGGAACUCCGAAUUUGUUACCUACCCUUUAGAUCUAGUUAAAACAAGACUGCAAAUACAGGGUGAAAUUGCCAAUAAACAAGAUGAGAAAGUGGUUAAGGCCCCUAAGAGGGGAAUGUUUCGCACAACUGUAGGGAUAGUCCAGGAAGAAGGCGUCAGUAAACUAUGGCAAGGAGUCAGUGCGGCGUUACUCAGGCAUAUGGUUUAUUCAGGAACUCGAAUAGUUUCUUACAUAACCUUCAAAGAAAAAGUGUUCAAGAAAGGCAAGAAGGAUAUAUUUCCAAUAUGGCAGUCGGCAAUUUGCGGUGUGAGUGCUGGUGCAUUUGCGCAGUUUAUUGCCAGUCCAGCAGAUUUACUAAAGGUCCAAUUACAAAUGGAAGGAAAACGAAGACUGAUGGGUUUGCCGCCCAGAGUUACUGGCUUAUUUGAUGCCUUCAACAAGAUAGUCAAAUCAUCUGGGUAUAGAGGACUAUGGAAAGGUUCAAUACCUAAUGUGCAGAGGGCUGCUUUAGUCAAUCUUGGAGACCUGACUACGUAUGAUACUGCCAAGCGUUUUAUUCUGAGGAACACUUCUCUUGAAGACAACCAUUUUUGCCAUUUGUUGGCUAGCGCUUGUGCGGGUUUGGUUGCUGCAGCAUUGGGAACACCAGCAGAUGUAGUCAAAACUAGAGUUAUGAAUCAACCGUUGGAUGAACAUGGAAGAGGGAUAACAUACAAAGGUUCAAUAGACUGUUUACUAAGUACAAUAAGGAACGAGGGGUUCCCCGCACUUUACAAGGGGUUCUUUCCUAUAUGGUUAAGGAUGGCGCCAUGGUCGUUAACUUUUUGGAUAUCGUAUGAGGAAAUAUUGAAAACACUUGGUGCAAAACAAUUUUAGUUUUAGUACAUUUGUAUUUAGAUUUACAAUAAAAUAACUGGCAAAGAUGUAUGUGAAAGGGUGGAUCACAUCAGUUUUAAUGUGCAAUCAGUGUGGAUAUGAAUAAAGGUGGAUAAAUAUUU